UGAGAGACAUAGCCCAAGGCUAAACAAGUGGCGAAGUAAUUAUUAGUUAUAUAAAUAAGGAAGCCGUUCGAAAAAUAAUGUGACAAUGAGCCGAAGAGCAAGCUUGUAUGCCAAACAAAACCCGGAAGCAAAAAAAGCCAAAGGUGUGCGGUUUUCGGACGAACUUGUGUUUCUGGACAAUAUCAAAGAGAAUGACGUCAAAGCCUUGGGUCUCAUGCUACGACGAGCAAGUCUACAGGUGGACAUUAGUGGAAUUAAUGACUCAGGUCUGACCCCUCUACACCAGGCGGUCCUUGACGGGAACGAGGCUGCAGUGAGGCUCCUGGUGACCCACGGAGCUGACAUCAACAAACAAGACGAGGAUUCGUGGACGCCGCUACACGCUGCCUGUGCAGAGGGACAUGCGCUUAUUGUUCAAUUUCUCUUGGAGAACGGUGCAGACAAAAGUAUAUUGGCAGAUGACGGGGAGCGACCUUUAGAUCUCGUAGAUCCUUCCGACAUGGAAACAGUACGUGUAAUGCUUAGUAACAUUCAACCAGAUAACAACAACCAAUCAGAUGACGAUUUGGAAAAUGACGUCACAGUGCCAGUAACUGGUUAAACAUGGAUAAACAAUUGCCGUCCCGAAACAAAACUGUGGUGAAGUUAACGCUAAUAAUUGAGUUAAAUCAAGUUGACAUUAAGCGAAGGAGUAAAGACGGUUUCACUAUGUUGAUACAUUGUCCAUCAUCUAUCAUUCGAUAAACGGGUAUGCAUCUGUUCAUUGCUAAUAUCAAAGGUAUUAUUUUGACAUUGAUAUUGAUAAUAUAACGCUAUUUCUUAGUCUCAUUCCAUAGACAUGUCAGUCUAUUAUAGUUGGUAAAAAGAUAAGUAAAUCCGAACAUAUGAAAAAAAACGUUACAGGUUUGUGUUUUUAAAUAUAGCUCGGCAAAUUAAUUCGGCACUGACCUCAAUGCAAGAGUUUAUUAAAAUACAUAUAAAAUAAAUAUAGUGUCUUUACUGGAAGUGAUUUGAAUCGACCGCAACUUGCCUACCUGUUAUUUUCUCAAUAACCACGUGCAAAAGGUGUACGAACAAAACCGAAUGCAAUUA